UGGUAAUAAUCCACAUUCUUCAUUUGGAGCAACUCUGGUGAGGGAUGAUGAAAAGAAUUUGUGGAGUCUACCUCAUGAUGUGUCCCACACAGAGGCAGAUGAUGACAGAAUCUUGUACAAUUUGAUAGUCAUUCGUAAUCAGCAGGCCAAAGACUCAGAGGUUUUCAAAAGGAGGUGGAUUCUUUGUUGUCAGUGACUAAACUUAGCACCAUGAGUGAUUCUAAAAACACGAGGAAAGCUCGAGAGAUGUUGUUAAAACUGGCGGAAGAGACCAGUAUUUUUCCAACCAAUUGGGAGCUCUCAGAGAGAUACCUCUUUGUUGUGGACCGACUCAUUGCUCUUGAUGCUGCAGAAGAAUUCUUUAAAAUUGCUAGUCGAACUUACCCCAGGAGGUCUGGGGUCUCAUGCCUGGGAGAUGGCCAGAAAAAACAACCCUACUGUCCAUUUCCAAGUCCCUAAAGGACAAGCUCUAAAGGAGAAUGAGAGUUCUUCCACUGGGACUCAAUAGCUAACCAAAAUUGGAUGACUGCACAUGUAGAAGAGAGUGAGCAAAUAGAGGGCUUGCUAAGUGAGAAAUGAUUCUGAGUCCUACAAAGAUGUAAGGUCUUGUGAAGACAUUAUUCUAAAAAAUGUUCCCAUUGCAUUGAAACACCCUGAUGCUCUUGCAUCUAGAGAAAACUUAGUGGGAUAGUUCAUUGUGGGUGGUCAGAUUCCAACGGCCUAUCGCCUCAGCUUUGGUUUUGAAUGUAUAAUAAGCUCUAAUCAUUAAUCUUACUGGGGGAGUGGGAUAUUCUAAUUAAUAAAACAAUAUGAUUACUAGAGCUAUCCUUGAGCCCCACAAUGGAUUACCAAUUAAAAAUAAUUAUAAAAUAUGGUAAUACUGGGCAAAAUGCUCCAAAUAGUACUAGGCGUUAUAUAACUUCUGUUUGAUCUGGAAAAUCUGGUAGAGCUUUGAAGAAUGUCAGAGGCAUCAUUCUGAAUAUCAGUUAUGAUUGUUCAGAAUUGAGAUGAAUCAGAUAAUAGAAAUGUCUAGAAGUGUUGCCCAUAAGUGAGUUCCAACAGCUACAUGUGAAAAGUCUGUCUUGUGGUACAUGCAUCAUAAACCCUCAACAUUGUUAAUAGCUGGUUACCUCAUUUUUGCUUAUUCAGUUUUAGUCCAAAAGCCCUUGGCAUUUUACCUGGGGUAGCAUCUGUAAACAGAAAUGUUUGGCUUCCACUUCCAUAACUUGUCUUUAAUCUGUUUCCGGCUUUUGAGCUGAGAGUCACACCUGCCCAGGGACCUGCCAUACAGACUUGGCAGUGUGCAGGCAAUAUGGCACUGAAGGUCAUUGCUGGACUUUCUUCCACUCCAAAGAUGAUUUUCAAAAUGAAGCAGUUUGUCCAGUGCAGCUUACAUCUGUCCACAUACUGAGAAAUCCAGCUUCAAAAGUUAUCUGCUACUUAAGCCAGGAGCUUGCCAAGAGAUUGUGGUUCAAUUUAUUAAGAAGCCUUUAAGGCUUUGUAGGACAUAUCAGUAAAUUUCUAAAAAGAAUGGCAAUAUUUUUAUUUUUUAUGGAUUUUUGCACUUCUGACUUGUAUUGGUCUUCUGACUUGUAUUGGUCUGACCAGGGGAUUGUGACUUGAAAAUUCUCAUAUCCUAUUAGCUUUUAUGGUAGUGUACACAAUGUUUAAAAUAUUUAUUAGGAGAUCCAUGAUGUCCAUUUCUUGUUUUUUUUGGUACCAGGGAUUGAACUCGGAACCUUUUGCUUGUGAGGCGGAUGGUGGAACCACUGAGCUAAAUCCCCAGCCCUGUGAUGUCCAUUUCUUAAGGCAUUACAGGCCAAUUUAACUGAUAUAUCUCAGGAACAUUCUUCCUAGUUUAAUAUGUAAACUAAAAGUUUUAUUUUAUUUUUUAUACUUAGCACUUAAUCCCUGUCUCAUGUUGUUUAAAAUUAGCCUAAAGAUGUGUUCCCUCUCUUCUGUAGACACUUAGAAGAUAACAUAUAGGGCCAGGGAUUUAGCUCAGUGUUGCCGCCCCCUGCCUCUCAAUCGCAUAGUCCUGAGUUUGAUCCCUGAUACCAAAAAAAAAAAAAAAAAAAA